CGUGAGCAACCAUGGCCGGGCAGCACCUCCCGGUACCCCGGCUGGAGGGCGUUUCUCGGGAGCAGUUCAUGCAGCACCUCUACCCCCAGAGAAAACCUCUUGUGUUGGAAGGGAUUGAUUUGGGGCCAUGUACAAGCAAAUGGACAGUGGAUUACCUAAGCCAAGUUGGAGGGAAGAAAGAAGUAAAGAUUCAUGUUGCUGCAGUUGCACAGAUGGACUUCAUUAGUAAGAACUUUGUAUAUAGAACUUUACCUUUUGACCAGUUGGUCCAGAGGGCAGCUGAAGAGAAGCAUAAAGAAUUCUUUGUUUCAGAGGAUGAGAAAUACUACUUACGGUCACUUGGAGAAGACCCUAGAAAGGAUGUUGCAGAUAUCAGAAAGCAGUUUCCUUUGUUGAAAGGAGAUAUUAAGUUUCCAGAAUUCUUCAAAGAGGAACAAUUCUUCUCCAGUGUUUUUCGAAUUAGUUCACCAGGAUUACAACUAUGGACUCAUUAUGAUGUAAUGGAUAAUUUGUUAAUACAAGUGACAGGAAAAAAGCGUGUUGUACUCUUCAGUCCUCGAGAUGCCCAGUAUUUAUAUUUAAAAGGUACUAAAUCAGAAGUACUGAAUAUAGAUAACCCAGACUUGGCUAAAUAUCCACUUUUUUCCAAGGCUAGAAGAUAUGAAUGUUCCCUUGAAGCUGGUGAUGUAUUAUUCAUUCCUGCUUUAUGGUUCCAUAAUGUAAUUUCUGAAGAGUUUGGAGUGGGAGUGAAUAUCUUUUGGAAGCACCUUCCAUCUGAAUGCUAUGAUAAAACAGAUACCUAUGGAAACAAAGAUCCUACAGCAGCAUCAAGAGCUGCACAAAUUCUGGACAGAGCCUUGAAAACACUGGCCGAAUUACCAGAGGAAUAUAGGGACUUCUAUGCACGACGAAUGGUCCUACACAUUCAAGACAAAGCCUACAGCAAGAACUCUGAGUAAAUAAUGAAGUGAAUGCAAUGCACAUCAACACUUCAGUAAGGGAUAAUGAUAUAAAUUAAAGAUUUUGUUAAAAUAGUAAAGAUACAUCAGAUUUACAGAUUAUGUAAGUACGAAGGGGUGUUUGUGUGGAUUCUACUUGAUACAGAUUGUUAUAAUUAAAGAAUGCUGUGCUGGGACCACUCUUUAACAUUCAGAUGCUGACCGCUAAAAGUCCAACUUAAAAUGACUUAAAAACAGUAAGAAAAUAUAUUGAAUCACAAUCCAUGAAAUCUAUUGACAGAAUGGGCUGCAGUGUUUCUGAUCCAGUGAUUCAGUAAUGUCAUCAAGAACCUUGGGAGCCCGCCCCCACACCCCACCCCCUUUUCAACCACAACAUUGGCAUCAUCCUAAGGCUGGCUACCCUCGUGGUCAUGGGAUGAUUGCCAGUAGCAGUUGGAGCCUUGUGCAUCUUCAUUUACAUGCAGCGGAAGAGUCAGGCUGGAUUCUAGGGGCCCCGUCCUAAUAUGAGAAAGCUUUCCCAGAAUUCACUUUCCAUACCCUUAGGUCUCAUUGCUCUAAAGUAACUUAGACCUGUCCACCCCUGAGCCAGUCACUAGCAAAGGUUCUAGAAUAACCUUUAGGGCACUCAGGUCCACUGGAGCUGAGAGUAUAAGUGGAGGCCACAUGAGGGAUAUAUGGGGACAGAAAGGAUAGUUUUUUUUAAAUCAUGGUUCUGAUAGGAAAAACAUGAGCAACCCACAAUAUCUAUUACAUUUGCCUAGAAGCAGAAUUUUUGAGGAACUUUAAAAAAUGUACAGAUACCUAGGUCCCAACUUUGUAGACUGAUUCAAGAGUGUUUGGGAUUUGGUAUAGGAACUUAAUAGACCUCACAGGGUGUUUUGAUGCAUAAUCAGAGCUGAGAUCAACUGAAGUUGAUGAUAGUGACUUGGAUUAUUAGUUUUGUGAUUAGUCCAAAACAAAUGCUUAAUCUGAUCUUGACUUUUCUUGCCACCCAGCAUGUCAGGUCUGUCCUUUUUUUUUGGUUUUUGAAUGUUAGAAAAUAAAUGUUUUAAUUUAUACCUAUGUCUAAACCUUAGCCUAGUUAAAGAUUUCCCAACUUAUUUUCCCACCUAUCCCUUUUUUAAAAGAAAAAUUACUUAAAAGAAUGAAUAAAUGAGAUCCUAAAAGUGUUGUCAUUGAAGACAGUGAGCCAUUGUGUGUGGAUCUCUGCUUUUCUUUGUUUUGUACCUAGUAAUUAUAUUGCAGUGUCAUUGAAGACCAGAUAAUCUUCGCUGAACAUAAAUGUGUUCAUCUAAAGCAAUCUUUUAGUACAUCAAUUUGGUGCAUUUUAAUUAGAGAAAAUCAUUUUCUUUAUUGAAGAGAAUCCAUCCACUCAUGUCCUAUAAGUUAUUGUAAAUAAGGAAAAGCAUAUAUAACAUUCUGAAUUUCCUAGGUAUCUUUGGAAACAGGUAAGUUACUCAGGUGAAUAAAGGUGAAAAGUCUUGUCAGAAAAGGGAUGAUUAUAUUAGCCAAAUUUAAUUACCAGAUUUUGAUCUUCAUUAAGCAAAGCAAAGAACUUCUUUACUGAUUCCUUGUCCUUCAGUAAGGAAAAAGACAAAAUUCUCCUUAGUUUACAUAAUAUUUAUGGUCAGUUUUUAAUAAAUCUUGUUUUUUUUCUUAACCAGCAAGAGAAUUGAUACAAAGUAUAAAUCCAGAGUCAUGUAGAAAACUUAGAAGUAUUAAUAAAACAGAUUACAGUUUGUGCACUGAA